UAGACUAAUUUUCAAAGCACAUCCACAUCAAUCAAGCCUUUGGAAAUUUAGGAUGAAAGGCCCCACAAACAAGAAUUUAAACGAAGGGCAUUCACAAUCACAAAUUCACAACUAGAACUUCCAACUAAAGAGCCAAAAAAGACAAAACAUUAUCAAUGGCAGAGGAACAUACAGUGAUGCUUCAUGGAAUGUGGGCUAGCCCUUUUGUGAAAGGGGUCGAACUUGCCCUCAAAAUCAAAGUCAUUACUAUUGAAUCUGUGGAAGAAGAUCUCCAAAACAAAACUCCAGAGCUUCUGAGCUUCAAUCCCAUUUACAAGAAUGUUUCUGUACUGAUCCACAGUGGAAAACCCAUUUGUGAAUCACUGGUGAUUCUUGAAAACAUCAACUAAGUUUAAGUUUAAGUUUAGAAGAGUAACGAGCCUUUCUUUUUGUCACAUGAUCAUGUUAGUGAAACAAGUAAAUCUUCUUUACAAUUUUUUGAAAAUCUAUUUAUUUAAAUGGGGUUUUUCGAAAUUUUGACUUCUGGAAGAUAAUUGGGAUUAUAUCAAAUUCUCUUCAUUCACCGUUACAAUCAACUAAAAUAAAAACUAUCUUUUCAAACGAGCAAUGGACUCAACCGAACAAACUUUUCUAGUCAUACAAUUAUAUUGUAACUUAGAACCCCAAAAAGUGGAACAAGAAAAGAAAAUUUGCUCACCGGAGGACUCAAUUCCCAGCUUGGAAUGAUGUUGGCAAGAACUGAGAAUGAAUAGCAGAGAGCUUCACUGUCUUGCGUUAUUUAGCAAAUGUAAAUCUCUUAGAACUGUUAAGCAAAUCCAGGCUCUUAUAUUCAAAACAUGCUUAAAUUCCUAUCCAUUGGUCUCCGGAAAGCUUCUUCUACAUUGUGCAGUCACACUUCCUGAUUCUCUACACUAUGCUCGACGCCUUUUCCUCGACAUUCGAAACCCAGAUGUGUUUAUGUACAACACUCUCAUCCGUGGCCUUUCCGAUUCCGACACUCCCUCCAAUGCCCUUCAACUGUUUGUUGAAAUGCGUCGCAAAUCCGUGGCUUUACCCGAUAGUUUCUCUUUUGCUUUUCUACUCAAAGCCGCCGCUAAUUGCAGGGCUCUGACCAAUGGGUUGCAGUUGCAUUGUCUAGCUGUUGGUUAUGGCCUGGAUUCCCAUCUUUUUGUUGGGACAACGCUGAUUAGCAUGUAUGCUGAAUGUGCAUGUUUGGUCUUUGCACGCAAGGUGUUCGAUGAAAUGAUUGAACCAAAUAUUGUUGCUUGGAAUGCCAUUGUUGCUGCAUGUUUUAGGUGCGAGGGCGUUAAGGAUGCAGAGCAAGUGUUUCGUUGUAUGCCAAUUAGAAACUUGACCUCUUGGAACAUCAUGCUUGCAGGGUACACAAAAGCAGGUGAGCUUCAGUUAGCUAGGGAGGUGUUUAUGAAAAUGCCUUUGAAAGAUGAUGUUUCUUGGAGUACUAUGAUUGUUGGGUUCGCUCAUAAUGGCAACUUUAACGAUGCUUUCGCAUUUUUCAGGGAGGUAAGGCGGGAAGGGAUGAGACCAAAUGAGGUAAGUCUCACAGGUGUGCUUUCUGCAUGUGCACAAGCUGGGGCAUUCGAGUUUGGAAGAAUUCUACAUGGGUUUGUUGAAAAAUCUGGCUUUCUGCAGAUUAUUUCAGUGAAUAAUGCACUGAUUGAUACCUACUCUAAAUGUGGGAAUUUGGAUAUGGCUCGUUUGGUCUUUGAUAAUAUGCUUAGAAGGAGCGCUGUCUCUUGGACAGCCAUGAUUGCGGGGAUGGCAAUGCAUGGCUACGGGGAAGAAGCAAUCAGACUAUUUAAUGAGAUGGAAGAGUCUAAUAUUAAGCCCGACAGUAUUACCUUCAUAUCCAUCUUGUAUGCGUGUAGCCAUGCUGGAUUAGUUGAUUUGGGAUGCUCUUAUUUUUCUAGGAUGGUAAAUACUUACGGUAUUGAACCCGUAAUUGAACAUUAUGGUUGCAUGGUUGAUCUUUAUGGUCGAGCUGGUAAGCUGCAGCAAGCUUAUGAUUUUGUGUGUCAAAUGCCAAUUUCACCGAAUGAUAUUGUCUGGAGGACUCUUCUUGGAGCUUGUAGCAUUCAUGGUAACUUAUAUCUGGCAGGGCAAGUAAAGAGACAACUCUCUGAACUUGACCCUGAAAAUUCUGGAGAUCAUGUACUUUUGUCAAACAUUUAUGCAGUUGCAGGGAAAUGGAAGGAUGUUGCCGCUUUAAGAAGAUCAAUGACUCAUCAAAGACUCAAGAAAACUCCAGGUUGGAGCAUGAUUGAAGUCAACAGAAUUAUAUAUAGUUUUGUUGCAGGAGAAAAGCAAAAUGACAUAGCAGUAGAGGCUCAUCAAAAACUAAGGGAGAUAAUGUCGAGACUAAGGAUAGAAGGAGGUUAUGUUCCAGAAGUUGGAAGUGUUUUGCAUGAUAUAGAAGUAGAAGAAAAGGAAGACUCUGUUUCACAACACAGCGAGAAACUGGCAGUAGCUUUCGGGAUGGCGAAGCUGCCGAGAGGAAGAGCCAUAAGAGUGGUUAAGAAUUUAAGAAUUUGCAGGGACUGUCACACUGUAAUGAAGCUGAUUUCUAAGGUCUAUGAAGUAGAAAUUGUGGUGAGAGAUAGAAGCCGUUUCCACUCUUUCACACAUGGUUCUUGUUCAUGCAGAGAUUACUGGUAAUUAGUCAAGAGAACUACACUUCAAAUUAGUAUCCUAUAUCAGAAGAGGAAGCCUGCUUGAUCAGCGGAAGCACAAUAGAUCGCUGGCCCUUAAGAAAGUUAGCAAGACCAAAGAAUAUUGUUAAGCAAUAUAUUGUUUUAUGGAAUGUUACAAUCAAGGGAGAACUGAUGUUUGAGCACUUGAGCACUUGAGCACAUUCAUGUUUCCUUCGUUGUGAUUUACAACUAUGAUUACUAAAUUAAAAGCCUCACCUUUAAUUUUGCAAGGGUCGGUGAUCUUUAGUUUAUCAUAUUGUGAGGCUUAUGGAUGUUGAUCAGUGAAAUGGGAUGGCAAUGAAAUAAGAUUUUAGCUUCUUACAACUUCCAAGCAAA